AAGCUACACUCUCUUGAUUGUGUCUAGCAAAUGUUACGCCUCUUUGUGGUCUCCGUGUGAACACUGGGAUCCGAGGCCACAUGACAGCAGUAUCCGUUCUGAGAAGGACAGGCUCAGUGGGGGAAAUCACUGAACGACUAAAAUAAACAUGUUUGUGGCUCGUAGCCUUGCAGCAGAUCACAAAGAUCUAAUCCACGAUGUUUCCUACGAUUUUCACGGCCGGAGAAUGGCAACGUGUUCAAGCGACCAAAGUGUCAAGGUUUGGGACAAGAGUGAAAGUGGGGAGUGGCACUGCACUGCCAGCUGGAAGACACACAGCGGGUCAGUAUGGAGGGUGACAUGGGCCCACCCUGAGUUUGGACAGGUGCUGGCCUCCUGCUCCUUUGACCGAACAGCCGCUGUGUGGGAGGAGAUAGUUGGGGAGUCUAAUGAUAAACAGAGGGUUCAGAGCCACUGGAUAAAGAGGACCACUCUGGUGGACAGCAGGACGUCGGUGACGGACGUGAAGUUUGCUCCUAAACACAUGGGUCUGAUGCUGACCACGUGCUCGGCAGACGGGGUGGUGAGGGUCUACGAGGCUCCAGACGUGAUGAACCUCAGCCAGUGGUCCCUGCAGCACGAGAUCUCCUGUAAACUCAGCUGCUCCUGUAUCUCCUGGAACCCCUCCAGUUCUCGCGCCCACCCUCCCAUGAUAGCAGUGGGAAGUGAUGACAGCAACGUGAUGUACGGUGGGAAGGUUCAGAUCUACGAGUAUAAUGAAAACACUAGGAAAUAUGCGAAAGCCGAGACAUUGAUGACGGUGACUGAUGCGGUGCACGACAUAGCCUUCUCCCCGAACCUGGGGCGGUCCUUCCACGUGCUCGCCAUAGCAACCAAAGAUGUUCGGAUCUUUAAGUUGGUACCUUUGCGGAAGGAGAGCAGCUCAACAGGCCCUACUAAAUUUGAGGUUCAGAUCGUGGCCCAGUUCGACAACCACAACUCCCAGGUGUGGAGAGUCUCCUGGAACAUCACGAGCACCUUGCUGGCCUCCUCAGGAGACGACGGCUGUGUCCGACUUUGGAAAGGUGAUCUGUCUAGUAUAGACUGAGAAGGAGAUCUAUCU